AUGCCGCGCGCUCUGACUCUCAAUGCAGGCCAAGGUGGCCGCCCAGGCAAGGUCUACUACCCUCUACAAGUAAAGCAGGUCCCAAAGCCGAAACCAGGCCCCAAUGAAGUCCUUGUUCGCAUCAAGGCGGCAGCUCUCAAUCACCGCGAUCUAUGGGCUCGCCGACAUCUCUACCCUGGGCUGUCCCUAGAGAACCCACUGCUGUCCGAUGGCGCUGGCAUUGUCAUCGAGGUUGGAAGCAAAGUCAAGCGCACCGAGUUGCUCCAUCAAGCUGUCAUAUUGACUCCUAUGCGAGGCUGGGAAAGCGACCCUGUCUCGCCCGAGGACCCUCAUCGGUUUGCCGUCAUUGGCGCUACACUCCUCUGCGAGGAUGGAACCGGGCAGGACUACCUGGCUGUUGACCAAGAUGAGGUUGUGCUCGCACCGCGCCAUUUGAACCCGGUCGAGUGCGCUGCACUUCCCCUUUGCGGACUGACUGGUUGGCGGGCGCUUGUUUCCAAGGCUGGUGUCAACGGCCCCGGGAAAAAUGUGCUGAUUACUGGUAUUGGUGGCGGCGUGGCUCUGCAGGUAUUGCAGUUUGCCGUCGCGUUUGGGAGUAAUGUAUAUGUUACAUCUGGAGAGCAAACGAAAAUCGACAAAGCCAUCGCAAUGGGUGCCCGAGGAGGCAUUAGCUACAGGGACACCCGCUGGGGCUCUGCUUUAUUAGAGCUGCUUCCAGACGAACAUGCAUAUAUUGACGCUGUCGUUGAUGGUGCAGGCGGGAAUUUGAUCGCCGAGGUGGCACCCAUCAUGCGCCCUGGUGGUGUCAUUGCGCAAUACGGCAUGACGGUCGGCAACAAGAUGGACUGGCAGAUGCGGGCCGUGUUGGCCAAUCUCGAGCUCAAGGGUUCGACCAUGGGCUCAAAAAGAGAGUUUCGCGAUAUGGUUGCGUUUGUAGAUGCGCACAAGAUCAAGCCAGUUGUUAGCAAGACGGUACGAGGACUGAGCGAUCUUGAAGGAAUCGAGACAUUAUUUGCCGACAUGCAGGCCGGGCGACAAUUCGGCAAAUUGGUUAUUGAGAUGGACGAUGAGCCUCAAGCCCAAUUGUGA